ACUAGUACCAAGUGACUCGAAGGGUUAAAGGCGCUUUUCGCACCGUGCGGUAAAUAAAUAAAUAAUAAUCGUGUAAUACGACAUUAUCGUCAACAAUUGGAAUUUUUAACGUCCCCUACCAUAUAUUAUACACCACGUGGGCCAAUUUUGCGCUAUUACCUUUAGUUGGCUCCUUUACGCGUUCAGCACUCGACCCAAUUGAACCGUCGCUUUCGGUAUUAAACAGAAAGCAAUUUUUGAAUUAAAAAUUGUUUACCGACACCAUCAAUGAGAAGUGUUAGUGAGAAUCAAGAAGAUAUUCACAACAAACAAGUUUAGAUCGCGACUUAUGUUUUAUUAAAAAACCAACAACAUGAGCAGUUCACACGACAAUCCAGCUUUCGUUCUAGAUGAACAUUUUAACAAAUCUGAAAAACAAAAGACGGCCAAUAAACAACUGACGACCAUCGAAAAUGGAGCAAAGGCAAUGGAAGCUAAUUACGAUCCGUAUUGUCAUAGAGAAGUUGAACAUCCAACAUCAAAUUCAGAAACAUUAUUCCAUUUACUCAAAGGAAGUCUUGGAACGGGAAUUCUCGCAAUGCCAAACGCUUUUCAUCACGCAGGGUACAUCCUGGGUUUUAUAGGAACAAUUGUAAUAGGAGUAAUUUGUACAUACAGCGUCCAUAUAUUGAUUAAAGCCGAAUACGAAUUAUGUAAACGAAACAAAAAACCGAGUUUAACAUAUCCGGCAACGGCGGGAGCCGCUUUCAACGAAGGCCCAGAACUUCUUAAAAAAAUAGCUAGAUUUGCACCGCAUAUAGUAAAUACGUUCUUAUUAAUAUACCAAAUAGGAACUUGUUGCGUGUAUAUAGUAUUUAUAGCUGAAAACGUUAAAAGCGUCGUGGACCAAUAUGAUGAUCAAAUACAAUUGGAGCUAUACAUGUUAAUGUUUUUGUUACCUCUCAUUUUACUUAACUAUAUCAAGAAUUUGAAGUUUUUGGCCCCGUUCUCGACGGGCGCUAAUGUGAUCACAUUAGUGAGCUUUGGAUUUAUUUUAUACUAUAUUAUUUCGGAUGGACCUACUUUCGAAAAUCGAGAACCAGUCGGUGAAGUUAGAUAUUGGCCUUUAUUCUUUGGAACUGUUUUGUUUGCAUUGGAAGCAAUUGGUGUGAUCUUACCAUUAGAAAAUGAAAUGAAAACACCUAAAGCUUUCGGUGGAACUAUAGGAGUUUUAAACAUUGCCAUGUCCAUUAUUAUCACACUGUAUGUUUUCAUGGGUUUUAUGGGUUAUUUGACUUAUGGAGGUGCAGCUCAGGGAUCAAUCACACUAAAUAUUCCCGGUGAUCAAAUUCAAGCUCAGGUCAUCAAAGCACUUUAUGCAGCAGCAAUUUUCAUUACUUAUGGUCUCCAAUGUUACGUAGCUAUUGACAUCGCAUGGAACGAAUACAUCGGCCCGUUAUUAGAAAAAAAUAGUAGAAAAGGUUUAUGGGAAUACGUAGUUCGUACAGUUAUCGUUUUAAUAACAUUUUUAUUAGCAGUGGCUGUUCCGAAAUUAGAACUUUUCAUCUCUCUCUUCGGAGCGUUAUGUCUUUCAGCAUUAGGAAUAGCUUUCCCAGCUUUAAUAGAUCUCUGCACGUUUUGGCACACCAGAAACGGCUUAAGAUUCAAUUUAAUGUUCAUCAAGAAUAUGUUGCUGAUCGUUUUCGGUUUCGCCGGUCUUAUUAUUGGAACGUACACAAGUUUAUCGGAAAUCGUAAAGGAAUUUUCAUAAUUAAAAAAGAAAACAUGAAGUAAAUGUGUCGUGAAUUUGUAAAUGAAAUAACCGUCCCAAAAUAGAACGGUAUCCGUUAAUAAUUUUAGAUUUUUAAGAAAUUAGCGAAUUACGUCAGUGAUCUUAACGAGUAUUAUUAUUGAAAAAAAAAUAACGAAAAGCAAUCAAUCAAUCUGUGAAGUGGCAAAAGUGAUACGGCGAAAGCUCAGGCUAAAAUGCCACAUCUAAAGCUUAGUCUUUGGUGAUAUUAGAUUGUUCAUACUUUAUUUUUUUAAUUAUAUUGAAUGGUUUUUUUAAGUAGAAUCGAGAUCGAAAAUAGGUCAACCUAUAAAUAAUGAUGAAUAUUUCUAUUUUAAGAAAGAUGUUAUUUAUGUAAAUAAAGUUUAUUUUAUUCAAAAAUUUAA